AACUUCAUAUUGGAACGCGUCCCACAGACGUAACUGCGUUGUGGUGCUUUGCUCUGCCUCUUUCGGAUACCAGCGUUAAAACAUCCUCGCAGAGAUGUUGUCUGCUUUUUGGUGUCAUCUUCUGUCAGCUAUAAAGCUUUACCUGCUUGGUUUAAAGGUGCUUUUGCUUCAACUGCUAAACGGACCUUUGAGGCUGCCAGUGAUGCCCAGACAAGAUGGCAACGUUGCCAUAGUGACAGGAGGAGGCAGGGGAAUUGGUUAUGAAGUAGCUCGCCACUUGGUCAGACUCGGGGCACAUGUUAUCAUAGGCGGGAGAGAUGAGCAGGAGGGUCUUGCAGCUGUCAGAAGGAUCUGUGAACACUACAAAGAGGCCAAAGUGGAGUUCAAGAAACUGGACUUGGCUUCAUUGCAGUCUGUACGUCAGUUCGCCCAGAGCUUCAGAGAACGGGACCUGCCGCUAAAUAUUUUGGUCAAUAAUGCGGGUGUUAUGCUGGUUCCUGAGGGGCGUACGGAGGAUGGAUUUGAGCAGCACUUCGGUGUGAACUACCUGGGACACUUCCUUUUGACCUGGCUACUCCUGGAUACACUGAAGGAUUCUGGGAAAUCGGGUCAUGUCUCUCGUGUGGUCAACGUCUCAUCCUCAGCUCACUGCAUCGGACAGAUCAGACUAAAUGACCUGAAUAGCCGCCAAUCUUACUCCUCACAUGCUGCUUACUGUCAGAGCAAGCUGGCCCAGGUGUUAUUCAGUUUCCACCUCCACCAAGAGAUGCAGAGUGGAGGUUUCCAAGUGAGUUCAUGUGCCGUGGAUCCCGGCAUGGUGGAUACCGCACUCUACCGCCACCUCUGGACACCCCUCCAUCGGGCACAAAGUGUCAUCGCUCGCCUGCUCUUCAGGAAUGAUCCCAGUAAUUGA